AUGGAGCAGCCUGAGCUGCAGGGGCCCCAGGGGCCCCCAGAAGAUGAAGCUCGGGGGCCCCCAGAGGCCCCAGAGGCCCCAGCGGGCCCUCACGGUGCCCCUUACAGGGUACAAGGGCCCCCUAAGGAGGUGACACCACCUCAGCGGGAGGGGCCCCCAAGACAACACAGGCUGCAGCAGCUUAAGUUGCUAACGAGGGCCCACAGGGUUCCAGGUGAUACCCAGAAAGAUCAGAGGCCCUUGGGGGCCCCUGUGGGGGCCCCUAUGGGGCCCCCAAGGCUGCCUGUAAGGACAACAAGGAGCCAGAGUCUAAGGGUACAGCGGAUAGCUGCUAUGCUGAUGGGGCAGAAGGAGGACUCCAUGGGGCCCCUCAAUAAAUUAAAGAAUGAGAUAAAAAGGGGUAUACAUCCAAGGGGGCCCCCUAGGCCCCCUCGGGGGCCCCUAGGUUCUCAAGGAGGAGUUACAGAGGCUGGAAAAGGGGACCCCGAUGCGAGUGUUGGGGAGGGGCCCCCCAGGGGCCCCCCUCCAGGGGGCCCUGCAGGGGGGCCCCCAAGGGGGCCCCGUUCUUCUUUGUCUACUAAUAAAAACAAAGAAGAAAAAAAUAAUAAAAAAGAAAAAAGACAUUUUGGUGUUUUUAAUAAACAUAAAAACUUUGGCGUUGUACCCAAAUACGUUAAAGCGAUUCGUGCUGCUGCUGCUGCUGCUGCAGCAGCAGGGGAAGCAGCAAAACAGGAUUCUGCAGCAGCAGCAGCAGAUGUGUGUCUCCUUCCUGAGGAGGAGAGACAAAGAUUGUUAUCAAUUCUUCAUCAACAAAAGGAAAAGGCAGAGACAAGAAGGAUCUAA